CUGCACUUUCCUCACACGCUGUCAGAUCUGCCCUGAUGAUCGGUGCCCAGCAGUGCCACCCACAAGUUCCGCCCACCUGUGCCCAGCAGUGCACCCACCUGUGCCUAGCAGUGCACCGACCUGUGCCACUCUGCAGUGUCACACACCUGUGCCCAGAAGUGCCACCUACCUGUGCCCACCAACCUGUGCCCACCAGUGCCACCCACCUGUGUCCACCAGUGCCACCCACCUGUGCCCACCCACCAGUGCUUCCCACCAGUGCCACCCACCAGUGCAGCCCAGCAGUGCUGCCAGUCAGUGCCCCAGCGGUUGUGCCAGUCAGU